GACUUUGGCCUAUCAAAUAUGAUGUCAGAUGGAGAAUUUUUAAGAACCAGCUGUGGUUCCCCUAACUAUGCUGCACCAGAAGUAAUUUCGGGAAGGUUAUAUGCAGGUCCUGAAGUAGAUAUUUGGAGCAGUGGGGUUAUUCUCUAUGCUUUGUUAUGUGGAACACUUCCAUUUGAUGAUGAUCAUGUGCCAACACUAUUUAAGAAGAUAUGUGAUGGUAUCUUUUAUACUCCUCAGUAUCUGAAUCCAUCUGUAAUUAGUCUUCUAAAACAUAUGCUGCAGGUGGAUCCAAUGAAGAGAGCAACAAUCAGAGACAUCAGGGAACAUGAAUGGUUUAAGCAGGAUCUUCCCAAAUACUUGUUUCCUGAAGACCCAUCCUAUAGCUCAACCAUGAUUGAUGAAGAAGCCUUAAAAGAAGUAUGCGAGAAGUUUGAAUGCACUGAAGAUGAAGUGUUAAGCUGUCUAUACAGCCGAAAUCAUCAGGAUCCCCUAGCAGUUGCUUAUCACCUCAUUAUAGAUAAUAGAAGAAUAAUGAACGAGGCCAAAGACUUCUAUUUGGCUACAAGCCCACCAGAUUCUUUUCUUGAAGAUCACCAUCUGUCUCGCCCUCAUCCUGAAAGAGUGCCAUUCUUGGUAGCUGAAGCACCACGUCCUCGCCACACUCUUGAUGAACUGAAUCCACAGAAAUCAAAGCAUCAAGGUGUGAGAAGAGCCAAGUGGCAUUUAGGAAUACGGAGCCAGAGUCGACCAAACGAUAUCAUGGCUGAAGUUUGUCGAGCAAUUAAACAACUGGAUUAUGAAUGGAAAGUUGUAAAUCCAUACUAUUUGCGUGUUCGAAGGAAGAAUCCAGUGACAAGUGCAUAUUCUAAGAUGAGUCUACAGUUGUAUCAGGUGGACAGUAGGACGUACUUGCUGGACUUCCGUAGCAUUGAUGAUGAAAUUACUGAAGCAAAGUCUGGGACUGCAACUCCACAGAGAUCAGGUUCCGUGAGCAACUACAGAUCCUGUCAAAAGGAUUCAGAUGCUGAUGCACAAGGAAAAUCAGCAGAUACAUCCCUUACCUCAUCAGUUACCUCUUCGCUUGACUCUUCUACAGCUGAUUUAACCCCAAGACCAGGGAGUCAUACAAUAGAAUUUUUUGAGAUGUGUGCAAAUCUUAUUAAAAUACUUGCACAAUAAUUCUGAAGAUCGGCUUAUUUCUUUUACAGCAAUAAGCAUGCCUAAAUCAUAGUCAAAUGCUUCCAGUUAUAAUCAAAUUAAAUUAAGGCGCUGAAGAAACUUGCCACAAAAUGCGAUUUGCACAGGGACUGAAAAUGAUUCUGGGCAGUUAGCUGUAGUGUGUUGAUGCUGGAGGGAAUUCUGAUUACCUGCUGUCCAGUAACUUAAUACAGGUACAGGAAAUCAUGUGCCUGUUGGGCAAUGUUAGUAACAUUUUAUAUUGAGUGCACAUUAGGCUUCAUAGAAUAUUUAGGUCACAAAGACUUCUUUGCUGGUGAUACGUACAUCUGAUGCACUGUAAGUAAAUGUACACUUACUAGUUAAAUGACUGAAAGAUGUCUUGUUGGUCACCAUCUACAAUUGUGCCUCAGUUGAUCAGAACUAUCAAUUAUUUCUUAACAGUAAUGUGUUAAAACUGAUACU